ACCACAUCAGCGCAUACAAGGGGUGCCCUGCCUAUAAGGCAGAAAAGCAAAAACUAGCAGUAAACAGGAUAGAUUUUCAUAAAAUUAGGACAACGAUGGACGCUAAAACGAACAAUUACGAACGACAGCCCCCCUCCCCUUCAACAAAACCCCCCGACUACCAUAUAGCACCAAAGCAGCCGAAACCCGAAAGGAAGCCGCCAGGAAGUUUGAAAUGAAUCCUUUCCGGCAAAAUAUUAAGGAUGCCAGACCAUAUCAUAUACGACCUACAACACACGAUGCCGCCAUUCAAAAACGGCUGAAUAAAUGGCGCCGAAAUGCGGACAAGGGACCCACAAAAAAUAGGAUAAACUCUAAGGACAAUUCCAAGCCGCGACCCCCAAAGACCCCAAGAAACCCGGCACAAAGACACCUCGAGGCCUUCAACGACAAGCUACGCAAGGAAAGGAGUGAUACCAAAGACCAAGCUCGAGAUGGAAUGACGACAAGCCCCAGGAGGGGUGACGACGGCAGCCCGCCAACAACAAGCAGAGCUGCCAGACUAAACUUCAGACCAAGAACGAUAAAGGAAGCCACCGUCGAGCCUGAGGCCGGGCAAAAGCACUCGCAAAGAGGACCUCCUGAUGACCUGAACCUUGCGCAACGCGUACUGGCAAUGGAGAAGAAAAUUGACGCACUAACGGAACUCCUAUUCAAAAGCCUCGGAACCAACAAAAAUCUGACCACAGUACAUCCCAUGUCCUUCUAA